ACAAAAGUGCGGUUAUUUCGCAAAUUUCUGUGUGCGCUUCGUUUUGGUACUUUUCGAUUUUGUUGCUAAUUUCAAUAUAAAAACAAUUGAUUAACUCGAGUAUUGCUGCUCAAGUAAACGUUUAGUGUUCGUUUUCACAUGAUGAUGGCCGGCGAAAGCGGUAUGAAGCAUUUUGAUCGCCAAUUUGUGGCGGUGCAUUUGAAGAAAUUGCUGGGCUGCCCAAAUUGUCACGGCGACUUUGCCCUCAAAAGUACAAAUGGAGACGAAAACCACCGUCCCUUCCUGCUGCCCUGCGGGCACAACCUGUGCGAAAACUGCUUGGUGAACUGCUUUGAGAGCGGCCUGAACCUGCAGUGCGCCGUCUGCUCAGAGCCGGCGCUGCCGACAAUUAACGCCCAGGAUUUGACAAGCAGCUCCGGCUUGCCGUACCAACUGGACUACCAUGUGAUGGGCGAGUUGGCCGAACUGGAAAACAUCCGCCGCUCCUCGACGGAGCACCUUCGACAGGUCGUCGUGAACAACAAUGCAGUGACGACUCACAAAAUUGACGUCAGCCCACCAGCGUUGAAGUCAAAGUGCUGCGAGUGCAUCAGUAGCGUGGCCACGCGCGAGUGCAAGCAGUGCAGUGCCUUGUACUGCAAGGGCUGCUUCGAGACGGUGCACCACAACAGUCGCGUGCUGAAGGCGCACGCCUUCAAGUCCCUGAAAGAUUGCGCCGUUGAUACACGCAAGCGCAUCCGCGUAGGCAAUGAUGAGUUCCUCAUGCCCUACCAAACUAGCUGCAAGAUCCACCAGAUAGCCUGCAACAUCUACUGUCGGCUCUGCAAGAUGACCGUCUGCCGCAAGUGCGUGGACAGACAUCACGUGGGACACCAGGUCCAGCCGCUGGCGGAUAUAAAUCUCCGCUUUGUACCCGAUAUACCAGCCUGCAAGAGCACCCUAGACUCGGCGCUGCGCAACAUCCACAACGGCCAGGCGGUGGUGCGCGCGGCCAAUGCGAAGCAGAGCGGCUAUGCCGUCGAGGUGCUGGGCAGCAUAACGCAGCGCUAUGGCCAGCUGCACGGCCUCCUUCAGAUGUCCGAACUGAAGCUCACCGAGCAGCUGCGAGAGUCCAGCCAGCCGGGCCAAAUGGAGCUGAAGAAAGCGAUGGAUAUGCUGAAUGGUUACGAGGCUGUGAUCAAGCAACUGCAGCAAUUCCUGGAAAAGGACACGACGCCUGUCAGCCCAGCGCCAAAGGAUUUUUGGCUCAAGGAGCUGUUGCGUCUGACCAGUGAAAAUCUGGAGAAAAUGCCAAGCUCCGUGAAAGUGAGCAAGGUGGACGGCAAUCCCUAUCGGUAUUUACAGUGUUCGGUGUUCAGUGUGCCCAAAAACAUUUAUUCAACUCUUGUGCAUAUUUUUUCAGCUUGUCCGGCGGUUGCCUGGAGCUGCACAAUGAUUGAGAAGCAUUUCGAGUGCGACUACAUCGACCCGCGCAUUGUGGUGCGCUUCCGGUCGGAGCUCGAGCGCAACAGCAGCAGUGUGUCCAGCGCGAAUGGCGCCAACUCCUUCUUCCAGACAUCGAGCAGCGGCAAGGAAAACAUGUACCAGCAGCAGGCUGUUAUUCACCCGCGGAUGCGUGCUGAGCGAAGUGAUCCGAAUCCGAAUGCCAAUAGCCAGAACCAAAAUCAAAAGCGUCGCCCGAUGAUUAAUUAUAGAGCAGCGCCGGCACAGGAUAACGAACUGGAGCGAACCUUCUCGGCAAUGGAUAUCAGCACGAAUCUAAACGAAUCAAAGGGGAAUACCAAUGCCAAUACCACACGCCCCACCGACUGGUUCAAGUCCAAUGCAGAGGUGAGUGUGCUUGCCAUCAAAUCACCCGAGGACUUUUACGUGCAGGGCGUUGAAGCGGCCAAGCAGUUGCGCACGGAACUGGACUCGUAUGUCCUGACGCCCAGCUCCACGCCCGUGGACAUUGUGGUGGGCCAGCACUACAUUGCCUACCACAAGGACGAGGAUCGCUUCCACCGCGUCCUUGUCAGCCAGAAAUUGACAGAGAUACCCGACACCUAUGAUGUCUUUCUGCCAGACAUCGGCCUGAAUCUCAUGGUGCACAGCAGCAACUUCCAUGAACUUCCUUAUCGCUUGACCCUGUUCCCCUACGCAGCGGUCCACUGCAGCCUGAGCGAUCUGAAGCCGAGGCUUGCGAUGUGGGAUACUCGGGCCAGUACCCACUUCAAGAUGGUGCUGAAUAAGCAUCCCGUACAUGUGAUCGUAAAGCGAGCCCUGUCGCAUCAACAUCACGAAGUGGACCUCAUCACCACCAACUACAAGGCCGAUAUAUCUGUGCGCGAAGCCUUUUUAUACGCUGGACUGGCGCGUGCUCGUGGUGGCUCUGCCGCGGAGCUGGAGCAACUGAUGGCCCCAAAGGCCCAACGCAUUCCCAAGACUAAACAACAAAUCGGCGAUGUGCUGAUGAUACAAAUGCUUCAUGUGAAUCAUCCCCAAGAGUUCUAUGUGAUGCGACACGACUUAGAACGCAAGCGCGCCGAAUUGGAGGACUCGCUGAGGCGUACCAUGGACUGCAUGGAUCUCGACAAUCUGGAGAACAUCUUUGUGGGGCGGCUGCAAAUGGGUUGCGUGAUGCAAUUGGAGGACCGUUGGGUGCGCGUUUGCAUCGAAAUGUUGUUGAAAGAUGGGUACGUGAUAGUUCGACUCGUCGACUUUGGAUCCACGCAGAAGGUAUCCUGGGCACAGCUGUUCGUGCUGCCCAAGGAAGAGAGAGAGCAAAGAGAGCUGAGCAUCAAGUGCUGUCUGGCCGAUGUGGAGACUCUGCAGGCGAACGACUACUUGUGGACGCCGGAAGCGAUCGCUGCGUUUAAGCAGCUCACCUCGAAUCCCAAGAUGCACAUGGAGGUGAUCAGCGUGCACGAGGAUGUGUACCGUGUGACCUUGGACGUCAUCCGUUCCAGUUCGGAGUCCCUUAGCGUUGGUGUCCAAAUGGUGGCCCUCGAGCACUGCGCCUCGAAUGGCGAAAGUAGCCAGCAGGCUGACGUUGCCCCAGUGAAUGUCAUGCCCCUCGAUGUGGACACCCGCAAGUUCAUCGAACUGCAGAAGGACAGCGUGCCAUUGUCGCCGCUACUGCCAGACAAGCAACGCAAAAAGCAUGUGCACGUUGAGCUGCUGCAUGUGCGCCAUCCAGACGAGUUCUACGUGACCCUGCCCAGCUUCAAGUCCUCGAUACAGAAGCUCCAGGAGGAUGUGCAGGCAGACGCUGCCGAUCGUUACCAGAACAACCCCAUCAAGUUCGACUGGAAGGAGCGCGACAUGUGCUAUGUGCAGGUGCGGGCCCAGGGCGACUUGGCGGCCCUCUGGCACCGAGGCGUCGUGUUGCACGUCAACCAGCCGACCAAUGAAAACGAUCUGCCACGCUACGAGGUACAACUGCGUGACCUGGGCGAACUGGUGCGCGAUGUGGAAAAUGUGAGCCUCGCCACGGUAUCCGAGGAGCAGCAACACAUCGCUGCCAGUGCCCAGCGCUGCCAACUGUAUGGCCUACGACCCAAGAACGAACAGUGGACGGCGGACAACAUUGAUUUCUUCAAGGACCAGCUACAGGCCUACGAUCAGCUGUACUCGGUUAGCCAUGGCAGGCACGGCCAGACGAUGAGCGUCGUCUUGUAUGGCUCGCACACGGUUGUCACGGGCCCCUUCACACCGUCGCGAACCAAGUUUGUCAAUAUCAACGAGACACUCGUCCUCGCCAGAGUGGCCGAGAAGGAUCCCGAGGAGGACUACCAGAUUGACAAGGACCCGAUGCUAGAUGAUGAAACAAACAAGUCCAGUGAGGAGCUGGCAGCGCAGUCGCUAAUGAACGAAAGCGAAUAUCUAAAGACUUUUGAACCAAAAUUGCUUAAAAUCAAGCCGGCCUUUGAGCACUGCGAGGGUAUGCCACCGAUGCAGCUUCUCAUGGAUUUCGGCACAUCCUCACCCACCACAGGACAGGUGAAGCCGCCACCUGGCUGGAUGACGCCACGCCCGUGCAAGAAAUCCCUCUACACUGGCAUCGUCACGAAUGUGAACUACGACUGUGACCCCUAUAUGAGCCUGGCCUCCGAUAAACCAUUCACGGAGCACAUGCGCGACCUGCUAAAGAAACGCUUCAAACCGAUGAUGGAGCGUCGCGGUCCAACCACGACCACCUAUGUCGUGGGACAGCCGGUGCUGGUCACCUAUCACCUGGACAACGAGUUGUAUCGUGGCAUUGUGCAGGGUCACAAGAGCGCGGGUGGUUAUUCGGUGUUAUACGUGGACUACGGCAACAUUGAGACGGUAUUGGCGGAAGAGUUGUUGCCAUACGCUCCAUUUCCCCAGCUAAAUGCACUCUGCUGGCUGGUGACGAUUCACGGCGUGCGGCCCAAGCGCGGAAAGUACACCUUGAUUGAGAUGGACACCGUGCACAAGAAAAUUGUUACGCAAGUGUGCAGCGUGAGCGUGAAAGAGCACUGUGGACCCAAACAGAUACCGUCCUGCCAAAUAAAGGUGGAUUCCGUGGAUGUAGCCACCAUGAUGUUGCACAUCGGCAUGGCGGUGCCAGUUGACUCACGUGUGAAAGAAAAAGGCAUUUCAAUGCCCACGCCGACUUUGGAUGCGUUUAAGGUCUUUGACGAGCUGGAGACUUUGGCUGCGGGUGGUCCAAUUAUGUCGGCUAAGACGAGGCCAGAGCGGCGGGUGAACGACGAAACCCAUUCAACGGCCCAGUCUCCGCCGGUCAAAAAGAAGUAUAAUGUAAAGCACACGAAUGUACAGGGUUUCGAGUUCGAUCGGGACAUUGACUGCCGACAAGCGGCAGAUGAGCGUCAGCCAAUCAACAUUGGGACACAUUUCGAUAAUUUCGAUGUCGAAUAUGGCGAUGGCAUGAGCAUGGACCCAUCACGCCCCCAAGAUGCCGACAGCACUGUUUCAAUGGAAUUCGAGAAUGCCGACAUCGACGAAGGCAUCGACAAUGAGGAUGAUGAGAACGGGGAUGACGACAAGGAAACAUGCACUGAGGAGAAGCCAGAAUUUGGCGUUUGCAAGGAUCAGUUGUUUCGCCGCAUUCAGCUGCGCUAUAAGACUAUGAAGAACAACGCCAGUUUCGCACCACUGGACACAUCCACAGUUCGGUCUCUCUAUGGCGGCCAGGGCUCCUUCAAGUCACACAUUUUGCCGGCUGGAGUGAAAGAGUUCCAGUGUACCAUCGACUGCCUAAUCUCAGCUACUGAGCUGCAAAUUUCGCCAAGCCUGUGUGAGUUCACAAAACGUGAUAUUAGCCUGGUCCAGGAAACAAGCGCCCUGAUAAAUAAGGCGGCGCCACUGCAUCCGUUGCUGGAUGCUUUGUGUCUGGCCCGCUACUCCAAGGAUGAACUAUGGUAUCGUGCGACUGUCAAGGAAAUUCACAAGCCCACUAAACAAGCCACCGUAUACUACAUUGAUUUCCAUGACACCGAAACGGUGUCCUAUGCCCACCUGAAGGAGAUGCCCGAGGAACUGUUUAUGUUCCCGUUGCGUUCGUGCCGCGUCAAACUGCACGGAGUUAAGAGGAACCAGAAAUUCGGCGAGAAGACCGUUUAUCAGGCACUGCAAGCUUGCCUCUGUAAUUAUCCUGAAGUGUUUGCCAGAGUUCACUACCCCUCCAACUACCACGCCAGCAAGUGCGAUCGUUCCGAAGCAGUUUUCGACUCAUCCAGCGAAUCCAUUAGAGAUGGUCACAAGCUGAUCGAAGUCGAACUCUUCGAGAAUAAGAACUCGACAAAGCGACUGUAUGAACCAUUAAUUGAAAAUUGGAUGUUCCUCAAAAAGUGAAAAUAAUCCAAAACAUAUAUAAAAAACUCUCACCUUUCAACAUCAUUUUGAAUAUGCGCAUUUACUUAAUUUUCAUUAUAACAUAAAUUAAUAUGUAUCGAAGUUUUCAGUUUCAACAUUCUCUUAUUCAAUUGACAAACAAUCGGAAUUAUUUAAUUUUUGUCGUCUAAAAAAACGAAAACAGGUUACCACUUUGUACUCUAUCCAAUUCAUAAUUUUCGAAAGCAUUUUGAAUAUGCGUCUUCAUUUAAAUAAGUACAUAAUUGAAUAUGUAUAACAAUAUUAUUUUAAUUUUUGUCUUAACUCAUCAAAUUAAUAAACACACACAUUCUUAUAAAAAUU